UGAGCAUUCGCCGCCCCGACACUUGACCUUCAUUUUUCCCGUGCCACUGCGCGCCCCCGCACACCACCGCCGCCAUGGCUAAGAAGAAGGGCAAGAACAAGGGCAAGGCCUCUGCAAAGACCACACCCAAGCACACGCCCAAGAAGAGCACGCCGCACCGCACGCCUUCCAAGUUCCAGCCGUGGCCCGAUGAGCAAGCCGCAAAGCCCAAGUACUCCCUCGCCGACGAAGCACGCUUUGUCGCCGGCCACCGCAAGAAUGCCUUCGAGGCCGGUAAGAGGCUGCGGGACAUGCCCGUGCAGUUUGUCAGCGCCGGCCUGCUGGUAGGCACCAUCAAGGAGCGCGAGGACGUGUCUGCGCAGGAGUCUGAUUCCGAGUCAGACAGCGAGUCUAUCGCGCCUUCCACAUCUUCGUCCAGUUCGCCACCCGACAACACCAGAGCUAUGGCUCAGAUGGCGAUUCGCAGCCCCUCGCCGGCUCUUUCCGAGUCAUCGAGUGGCUCCAGCGACAAGGUAGUCUUCCAGGGGCGUGGCAGUGCCUCGGCGCCACUGUCCACUGCGGCGUCAAGAGUGGAGAGCCCUCUCCCACAGGCAGUCGCCGACACCGUGAACAACGUGGUCGAGGCAGCCAGUGCAAAGGCAGAGGCAGUCGCCACACAAGUCGCUGAGUCCGCCUCAGUUCCUGUUGAAAAUGUUCACGUCCGGCCAAAGGUCAAGGUGAAUAUCCGCGUUAAAGAACAACAGACCACUCGCAGUUCUGCUCCUAAGCCCGUCGAUGCCGACUCCGACUCCGACACCGACUCGAGCACUGAUAUCGUAACCGACGAUGCAUUCGCAAAGCGACGGGGAGGCAAAGAAUCAUGGGAGGGCACCACAACGCCCUGGGUGUCUAGGUCAAAACCCGGCAUAGGAUGGUUACCUGUACAGGAUCGUCCAGACAUGAGCGCCUUCCUUGAUGUUAACGUCAAUCCUCGCGAUGCAGCUAUGGAUGACUACAUGCAAAACGUCGAGGAGUUCGGUCUCACCGGUGACAUGGUGUCCGCUUCCGGGUUUGCACGGCGCGAGAUGGAUCUCGAUGCUGGCAGUCACAACGACUGGGAGUCGGCAUCAGGCAGUCAGGCGGGCGACGAAGAAGUUCAGGUUGACAGCUGGGAUUCUGACAUGCUCCAAGAUUUUGAGGGUGUUAGUACCUCUUCCGAGCCUAUGGAGACUGUCGUUCGAAUUCUCUCAAAGCGAAAUCGCACGAGCGGUGUGCAGUACCUGUGCGUCUACGAGGGCGCGGUGGUGGAUGAAGCUCUUUGGCUGCCGGGAGGCUUUCUUCAGAGUUCUGCCGAAAAGGACCUGAUCCAAGCUUUUGAGGAAGACUUCCUGCUCCGUAAGAAGAAGGCUGAGAUCGGCGACAGCAGUUCAAGCGACUCGGAGCGGGGCGAAGACGACGACGAUGAUGACGACGACGAAGACGAUUCUAAUGACAACGAGCAACUCGACGACGAGACCAUCGCCCGGGUUUUGCAGAAACAAGAAGAGCUGGGUCUAGGGGCAGACGAGCUGAUGCUCUAUGCAGCCGACGACUAUUUCCGUGAGCCUUCUACGGCAGAAGACUUCAUUUCCUUCAACGUCGGUCGAUCAAAUCGAAAGCAGAAGCGUGGUGGUCGAAGGAAUCGCGAGCCGAAUUUCCCUUCAGCAUCCGCCAUGGCAGAUGUGCUCGACAUGGAUCCCUACAACGGCUUCGAUAUCAUGGACACUGAGCGCCCGUCGCUUAAACCUAAGAAGAAGGGUCGACGCGGCCAGAUGCCCAUUGAGUUCCUCGAUGAUUCUGAUCUCAACGAGCAAAUGCAGAACGCUUGGGAGAACGAUCGCCAGAAGAAGCGUUUGAAGAAGGCCGAACGGGAAGAACUACGACAGCAGGGCCUCCUCGGUAGGAAGGGCAAGGCACCUGAUCUGAAGGUGAAAUACAAGGAUGGGAUGACAAUGGAGGAUGUCGUUGAGGAGAUACGCGAGUUCCUGGUUGGCGACAGGGACCACAUCUCACUGCCGCCAAUGGACGCUUUUCGACGCGCAGUCAUUCACCAGGCUGCGGAUCACUUCAAGCUCACGUCACGCUCGCGCGGUGAUGGCUUUGAUAGGUUCACUGUUCUCACUAAGACGACGCGAACUCGAACGUACACUGACGAUGAGUUCGACAACGCUAUGCUCCACAAAGGCCUGGUGCACCGCCUCUCUGGACCAAUGUUCUCAAAGAAGGGCGACCGACCUCGCAAGUCUGCCACCGUCCGGUUCGGAGGGGCGCGUGGCAAACAGUCGACUGGGUAUCGCGAUGGCGAGACUGUCGGUGCUAACGCGCCUGAGCUCGGCCAGGAGAACAAGGGCUAUAAUUUGUUGUCCAAGAUGGGCUGGAAGCAGGGUAUGGCGCUCGGUGCUGUGGACAACAAGGGCAUUCUGCAGCCCAUCCCUCACACGGUGAAGAUGACCAAGGCGGGUUUGCAGUGAGCUCCCUGCUUUCGUUCUUGUCAUCUCUUCGCGUGGUUUUAACGCUACAUCUGUACGCGUGCGCAGCGUUCGGUUGAUUUCGCAUCCCGACGGUGUUAUUUGUACGAUUAUCUGGUGUCGUAAGGCGCAGGCAUGGCAUAUCAACCAGCAUGGUUCUGGUCUCGGGAUUGUUAGGCACUUGAUGGCGUUUGAUAGAUCCUUUUCGCAAAGCAUAGGCUUCGUGCUCAUGGCGCAACGGUCGGUUCUACUCAUAGCAUGCGCGUUAGGCGCGAUGCAGCCUUUUGCUGCUCAUAAAUAGUAUAUGAUAGCCCCAAUCAUAAGUUGAGCUACUAUU